CGAGAAAUUGUUCAACUUUCUUUUUUAAUAUAUUGUGUUUAAAUAUAUUAAAAUUGCAAUUAAUAUAUUAAAUCAUUUUAACGUUAAUCAGAAUAUAUUCAGAAAGAAAAUAUAUAUUUAUUCCUAUUUGUUCUGAAUCUUAGUUCCUUUUCCCAUGGUUCGCGAUUGGUCAAGCAGCAGCGGAAAUAGAAUGUUUACCUUUUCUUUGGUUUGUUUUAUUGUAGCUGGAGUGCUAGCAAAGUAAGCUAUGCUCAGGUUUUCGUAAAGACAGAAAUUUUGUGUAGUUUUGUUAAAGAAGUGUAUUUAAAGUUAGUCGGGGAUAACAUAGCGUAUUUGGCUUGCCGCGGUAUCGCUUGAAGCUAAGAUGAUCGAGGUGGUGGCCUCCAUGGCCCGAGGCCCCGUAUUUCUGGCCGGAGAGCUCAUGGAGUGUCUCAUAACUUUCACCAACCCGAUGUCUCAUCUUUCCACCUCUGCGAGCAGUGAGAUGCUGGCGUGGGCCAGCGCACAGAUCCACUGUCAGUUUCAUGCCAGUGAGAACAGAGUAGCCCUGCCAGCCCAGGGCAACAAACAGGAUGUCCAGGCUGAGAGUGACACAGUGCUCAUCCCAAGCAGAGGAGAACGAGGGCAGUGUGUGUUGGACACACCUCCUAAAAUAUUGUUCUGUGACCUGCGGCUGGAUCCCGGAGAGAGUAAAACUUAUUCAUACAGCGAGCUUGUCCCCAUUGAUGGGCCUCCUAGUUUCCGUGGUCAGGCGGUGAAGUAUGUCUACAAACUGACCAUUGGCUGUCAAAGGGUCAACUCUCCCAUCAAGCUGCUCCGAGUUCCCUUCAGAGUGCUGGUUCUGCAAGGCAUGCCAGAGCCCCCAUUUCCCCAGGAUGAGGAGGUUUCCCCCUCCAACCCCUUCCUGGAGGAAGAGGAAGCAAGCCGCAGGGAUGCUCGACCUUUGGAGAGAGCACUGGACAUGUUGAUGGUCACCACCUCGAGGCGCUACCCCCAUAUGUUUAAUAUCACCAACAUGCGUGGCAAAGUAGCAAAGUUCUGCAUCUUCAAGACUGUUUACAGACUUGGGGAGGACAUCAUUGGCACGUUUAACUUCUCAGAGGGAGACAUUCCCUGCCUGCAGUAUUCAGUGAGCCUUCAGAGUGAGGAGGAGAUCCAGCAGCAGUACCAGCGGCGACCUGGGCAAGCCGUCAGUGUGACCGGACACGGGCGACACCUGGAGUCUUGCCUCCACACAGCCUUCAGCCAUUUCUCUCUCCCCAUCCCCCUCAAUGUCACGCCGGGUUUCAGCACAGACAUUGUGACCCUGAGGUGGCGCCUGCACUUCGAAUUCGUCACUGCCCGGGAGCCUAUGGAACCGCCCACUGUCCUGCAGAACCAAUCAGAGGUCACAGUUUGGGCUGGGACGGAGCAUGUCGAUGUGGACACCUUCAGUUGGAAUCUACCAAUCAAAGUCCUGCCCACCAACCCAGCUUUGGCUUCCUACGUGUCCCAAUUUACAGGGACUAACAGCAUUAACAUUUGAUGUGUGUGUGUGUGUGUGUGUGUGUGUGUGUGUGUGUGUGUGUGUGUGUGUGUGUGUGUGUGUGUGUCAAAGAGAGAACCUUUUGUCGUUUUCUGGAUAGGAAAUGUUAGCACAGAGAUGCACAAGAACAAAGACACCAUUCCAGUGUAUAAUCAGAGCUGGUGGAGAACAUUUAAAGUAUGCAAACUACUGUUUAUUUAGUUGGUGCAUUCCUGUAUUUAUUUAAUUUUUGACUCUUUUAUUCAAACUCGUUCCUUCUUAUUUUAUGAAAACUACCAUUUCUUAAACAGGAUUGUUUUUCUGUAUAACUGCUCUUCUUUCAUCUGGAGCAAAAUGCUCUACUGAGAUGUAAGAGAAAA